AACAAGUUCCGGUCUUCCUCUUGUUUCAAACAAAGGGGUCAUUAUAAAAAAAAAAAUGAACACAAAGGAAAGGGUUGGCCAGUUAGGUGUUGUGGUUUUCUUUCAUCAUCGACCGAAGCAAAUGGAAGCGCACUCGAUCGUCGUCCUCUGAGCACGGGCUCUGUUUCUGCGACGAGGAGAGAAAGAGGAAGAAGAUGAUGAGAGUGAAAUUGAUGAAUGAGUGAAGGAAGGAAGGAAGGAGACAGAGACCAGAGCAGAGCACCAUUCUCACACCGUUUGAUGAAUCUGCAUCUCGAGAUUGGCGCCUCCGCAGCUCUGCUAUUCUCUUGAGUCUUCUUUUCUUGCCUGCAUAAUUGGGAGUGAUGGAAUCAGAUGCAUGGAGGUGCAGGAGAACAGAUGGGAAGAAGUGGAGGUGCGGGAUGAGUGUGGUUGCUGGCCAGAAAUACUGCCACCGCCAUAUGCACAGAGGCCGCCUCCGUUCAAGAAAGGCUGUGGAAGCCGCUGCCAUUGCCCUUGAGAGACCAGCUCAGACUUCAGCGGACCUCCAUCCUUCCUCCUCCAAAAAUGCCCUCUUCCCCGCCCCAACCCUAACCCAGAACAACGCCGCUACGGAUGCCCUUAAACUUAAAAGAAGCAGCGCCCUUCCAGCUACUCUAACCACGGAUUUGUGCCCCACGCCGGCCGCCAACAACAACAACAAUGUGCUUCAGCCUCAUGGCCUAGAUUUCUCCCCAAAGAGUGUCCUUCCAGUUGAGCGGUGCUUCCAUGGAGUCCUCGACGAGGCAGAGGCAGAGGCAGGGAGGUGCAGGAGAACGGAUGGGAAGAAGUGGCGCUGCCGCCGCCAUGUGCUCCCCAGCCACAAGUAUUGCGAGAGGCAUUUGCACAGGGGAGCUAAACCACGCCCUCAAACUUACCCACAGCCACCUAAACUGCCCACCAUUGCCACUCACACUGCUGCACCGCCGGUCAUUAAUACCACUACUUCCACUACCAGCAGUGACGCCACCAUUAGCGACGACGCCACCUUCAUUGGCAUUGCCAGUAGUGCAAAUUCCAGAAACUAGCUAACUAUUCCAACACAGGCCCUUUUCAAGUCUGUGUUGAGACUUCUGGUAUGAUAUGCUCUAAGUAAUUAGUGUUUGACAAGUUGAAGGUUUCUGCUACCAGGAAACAACUGAUUGACUGAUAUUUUGAUCGGAGCAGCAAACAAGUAGUGCGUGCAUUCAGAGCUUAGUUACUACUGUACGAGAAUCGCAAUUCUUAUGUGCUUAACUGAUCCUCCGUUAUAUGCCCAUGCUAUUUCUGCGGCUUGUUUACUCUCUUCAACGAUUUCCCCCCAAAAGCCACCCUUACAAACACAAGGGGGAACCAAAAACAUAGCCUCGCCCAAAAAGCAGACCAUGAAGAAACAGCUCAAAUUUAC